AUGAGUGAUAUUGCAGGAAGUGAUCACACUCAUGACAUUGAUUUCCAUCUUCCAGAGGAGAAAAAGACAGAGAAGAGGUUAAUCAGUGAUGUAGAUGACGAAGAACAACAAGAUGAAGGUGCAGAUGAUGAGAGAUCAAACAAUGAUGUAGAUGAUCAAUCACAAGCUACAAGUUAUCCAUCAUCUGAUUUAUUGUCACCAAUAGAGUUUAAUAGUUCUACACAACCAGCCAUACAACAUUUACAUCUUCAAUCGCCACAGAUGAUUUCUAGCAGCAGCACUACCACCACCACCACCACCACUCAACAGAAUUCAUCGGUCUCCUCUUCCAAUACCAACAACACCACUAGUAGUAUACCUCAACCAUCACCAAAAUUCUUUUCAACAUCUUCCUCUGGAAUUGGUGGGCUUCAUUCUCCAAAGUCAUUUUCAUCUUUUCCUCCACCACUUCAUUCAUCGCCAUCUUCCUUGUCGACCGGAACAGGCGCCGUUGUGAUGACAGCAUCACAACUACAACAACAACAACAAGAGAUUGAGAGUGACAGUGAGUAUUUUAGUGGUAGAAGAGUGAUUGCCGAGAGUGGAAGUGAUAUCAGUGGCAAUGAAGCAGAUAUCAGUAGUCAACGUAUCCGAAAGAAAAAGAGAACCAUGAGAAAGGAGGGCAAGAUUUACGAACUGCUCGAACAACGUUUGGGUAGAGAAGUACUCCGAAAUAUUCAAAUAGGUGCAGAGACUCUCAAAUCAUCGGCUCAACCACCAUUUGACUGGCCAUUCGAGUUGGUAUUGGUUAGACAUGGACAGAGUGAAGGUAACGAGGCACAAUCAAGAUCAAAACGUGGUGACCUUUCUGCAUACACUCCCGAGUUUAAAAAGAAACAUUCUUCAACCUAUAGAUUAACUGACAAGGGAAUCCUUCAAGCAAAAAUUGCUGGUCGUUGGGUGAGAGAGAAUGUUGCAGAGGUUUUUGAUCGAUACUAUACAUCAGAGUAUGUUCGUGCUAUGGAAACUGCAAGUUUGUUGGGUCUUCAAGAGGCACAAUGGCUAACGGAAAUUCAACUACGUGAACGUGACAAGGGUAAAAUGGAUAACAUAUCUUGGACUGAAAAGAAUGAAAAGUUUGGUAUUGAAAUGGAGUUAAGAAAAAGGGAUAGUUUUUUCUGGGCACCACCAGGAGGAGAAAGUAUAGCUAGCAUUUGUUCAAGGGUGGAACACACUUUUACAACACUACGUAGAGAAUGUGCAAACAAAAGAGUUGUAAUCGUUUGUCAUGGAGAAAUUAUGUGGGCAUUUAGAGUUAGACUGGAAAGAUUGAGUCAAAUUAGAUUCCAUCAGUUACAAUCUUCAAAAGAUCCAAGAGAUCAAAUACAUAAUACAAGCAUUUUAUGGUACACUAGAGUUCAUCCAAAAAGCGUUUGUCCUUGGAAACCAGAAUACAGUGCACCUGGUUGGCUCGAAUUCGAUAGACCUAUUUAUACAAACGAAGAAUUAAUGGAAAGCGUAAGAACAGUUCCAAGAUUUGUCAAUAAUUUAGAUCAAUGA